AUGACGGAUCUUCUAGGAUGUUCAGGGAUGGUGGACUAUAAGCCCCUCACUACACCAGCAGCUGUCACUAAACUGGUAACACCUUCUGAGGAGCUAUUCGAGAAUCCGACACAGUAUCGGCGCAUUGUUGGGGCCCUACAGUACUUGACUAUCACUAGGCCUGACUUGGCAUAUGCAGUCAAUCGGCUGUGUCAGUUCAUGCACUCACCGACAGUUGAUCAUUGGGCUCUUGUGAAACGGGUUCUACGUUACAUCAAGGGGACACUCGACUACGGGCUGCGUCUCACAUCAUCUCCUUCAACCAGUAUCCAUGCUUUUUCCGACUCGGACUGGGCUGGCUGUCUAAUAGACAGAAAGAGCACCAGCGGUUUUGCAGUUUAUCUUGGGACCAAUCUCAUUUCCUGGCUAUCCAAGAAACAACGCACUGUCGCACGCUCCUCCACUGAAGCUGAAUACAAGGCCUUAGCAGAUGUGUCGGCUGAGGUCACCUGGGUUGUGUCGCUACUACGGGAACUAGGGAUGCAUUCUGGUCAGUCUGCAACGCUAUGGUGUGACAAUCUUGGGGCUACUUACCUAUGUGCUAACCCCGUUUUUCAUGCACGCACUAAACAUGUAGAGAUUGACUAUCAUUUUGUUCGGGACAAGGUUGCCUCGGGGGACUUCGUCGUCAAUUAUGUAUCUACUACGGAUCAGUUAGCGGACAUCUUCACCAAACCGCUUCCGGCACCGAGGUGA